AUGGACAUCAUCUGGCAAGAGAAAGAGAGGAAGACAAAAAAAUCUUGGAAAAGAGCUGUAGAGAAAAAGAUAAAAAGAAAACAACUGGACACGGGGACAGAUCCAAAGAUGGACACAAGACAGACCAACAUGGAAGUCUCUAUACUACAUAUAUGUCAGGCACAGCCCGGAUUUCCUCCGUACACAGCAGACUUAGAAGUUGCCCUAUUGAGUGAGCUUUACGGCGGGAAUUACUCUCCUUUAGUUCGUCCCUCGAGUCUUGUCGCCGUCAAUGUUAGUUUCAUGCUGUAUACAAUAAAUGAUCUGAAUAUUGUAGACCAAACACUUUCUGUGUCUGGAAUGCUGUCUAUGAAGUGGUUGGACCCUCGUUUAGCUUGGAUUGAUAAACACAAUUACUUUCCGGUUAUUUUUCUGUUUAAUACGGAGGAAAACACGUGGACACCAGCAAUCUAUGUGGAAAACUCUGUUGAAGAUCUAUCGGUAAUUAACGAUGAAAACAUGCCAAUGAGAAUUAAACCAAAUGGUGAAGUAAGUCGCACUCCAGCAGGGGCAUUCAAAGUGUCCUGUGAAUGUGACGUCACUUAUUAUCCUUUUGACAAACAGACCUGCCACAUCAAAAUAACAACGUCUGGCUACACCCAAGGAGAAAUCGACCUCCACUACGACGAGAACGCAGUAGAUCUCUCUGAUUACGUCAUUAAUGGCGAAUGGGAAAUUAUUACUACAUCGGGUCCAACCGCUGAUGGGUUUAGGACCAGGAAUGGAUUCAAAUUUGCCAGUCUAUCUUUUGAAUUGCAAAUGAAAAGACGUUAUCUGUUUCACACAAUAAACACCAUAUUUCCGGUUUUUCUGAUGGGCAUGCUCAUUCCUUUCGUGUUUAAGUUGAAGGUGGUAGAGGAGAAGAUUGGGUAUUCUUUGACAGUACUCUUGUCGUAUGCUGUAUAUCUAUCUUUGAUUGCGGACCAUAUACCUACCGUUUACCUAGCAGUUGUCCUGACAACAUCAACGUUGUCCAUUCUCAUCGUUAUCAUUGGAUCUCAUGUGUCGAUCAACCAAGGGAAGUUGCCUCCAUGUACUAAAGCUUUCGCAAACUGUCUUGCAAAGUUUUGUUGCAUUGGACGAUAUUGUUGUCGCGAUGAAGCAUCUAAAAAUAUCCCAGAAGGAAGAGCACGUGAGUUCUACAGCAACUGUCAUGGGGUUUUAUCGUCUAAAGAGUCUGUACCAGAGAACAAGGAAAAUUCACCAAAAAAUAAUGAAGAAAAGGAAAUUACAUGGGAAGAAUUUUCAAGCCUACUUGAUAAUUUUUUCUUUCUCAUGUUUUUUCUAUUUAUUAUAGCGGCCUCUCUUAUACUGUUUAUUAUCCUCGGUACUAGGUACCAUUCCUAUUGA